CCUAACGGCGCGCGGGGCUGGCGGCGCGGCUUGAUGACGUAACGGUCAUUGACAGCGUGAGGCGGCGGCCGUGGCUGCUGCCUCCUUGGUUGUGAGCGGCCGGUUAAGGGUCAGAGUUGAUUUGCUGCCUGGCCAGGGCGACUUCCAAGGUGCAGCAUGUCUAGAAUGGGGGUCUUGGGCGGCGCCCAAGCCGGGUUGGGACUGUUGCUGGGCACCGCCGCGGGCGUUGGAUUCCUAUGUGCCCUUUACAGCCAGCGGUGGAAGCGGACCCAGCGCCAUGGCCACAGCCAGAGUCUGCCUAACUCUCUGGACCACACGCAGACCUCAGAGCCUGGUCGUCAAGUGAGGCCUUUUCGGGCGGUCCCCGGUGAGGCUGGAGAUGCUGCGAUGUUGCCCAGCCUUCCGCGAGCAGGGCAGGAGGACGUGCUGGAGCGCCUGGACUUCGUGCUGACCAGUCUGGUGGCCCUGCGGCGCGAGGUAGAGGAGCUGAGGAGCAGCCUGCAGGGGCUUGCGGGGCAGAUUGUCGGCGAGGUCCGAUCCCACAUGGAAGAGAGCCAGAGAGUGGCUCGGCGGCGAAGGUUCCCAUUUGCCCGGGAGAGGAGUGACUCUACGGGGUCCAGCUCAGUCUACUUCACAGCCAUGUCAGGAGCCACGUUCACAGACGCCGAGAGCGAAGGCGGUUACACAACAGCCAAUGCCGAGUCCGACUAUGAGCGGGACUCUGACAGGGAAAGCGAUGACGGGGAAGACGAAGUGAGCUGUGAGACCGUGAAGAUGGGGCGGGAGGAUUCUCUGGACCUGGAGGUGGAGGUGGCUUCAGGCCCGGCGGCCAGAGCCCUGGAUGCUGGAGGCUCCCCUGGCCCGGAGGACGUGCUGCCCCUCCUGCAGCAGGCGGACGAGCUGCACCAGGGCAGCGAGCAGGGCAAGCGGGAGGGCUUCCAGCUGCUGCUCAACAACAAGCUGGCGUAUGGAAGCCGGCAGGACUUUCUCUGGCGCCUGGCCCGGGCCUAUAGUGACAUGUGUGAACUCACUGAAGAGGUGAGCGAGAAGAAGUCGUAUGCCCUAAAUGGAAAAGAAGAAGCGGAGGCUGCCCUGGAGAAGGGGGAUGAGAAUGCUGAAUGUCACCAGUGGUAUGCAGUGCUUUGCGGGCAGCUGGCGGAGCAGGAGAGCGUCCGCAGGCGCAUCCAGAGUGGCUUUAGCUUCAAGGAGCACGUGGACAAAGCCAUUGCUCUCCAGCCAGAAAACCCUAUGGCUCACUUUCUCCUUGGCAGGUGGUGCUACCAGGUGUCUCACCUGAGCUGGCUAGAAAAAAAAACUGCUACAGCUUUGUUUGAAAGCCCUCUCAGUGCCACUGUGCAGGAUGCCCUCCAAAGCUUCCUAAAGGUUGAAGAACUACAGCCAGGAUUUUCCAAAGCAGGGAGGGUAUAUAUUUCCAAGUGCUACAGAGAACUAGGAAAAAACUCUGAAGCUAGACAAUGGAUGAAGUUAGCCCUGGAGCUGCCAGAUGUCACCAGUGAGGAUUCAGCUUUCCAGAAGGACUUGGAAGAAUUAGAAGUAAUUUUAAAAGAAUAAUCACAUUUCAAUGGCCUUCAUGACCUGAGGAAGCCUACCUACCCUGCUUAGAUCAUCAGGAAUCUAAGACUGCUGAAGUGAUGUCCUGACUCCUGGGUCUGACUGCAUCCAUAACCAUUCCCCAAUUUCUUUCCUGUUACCCACCAGUUAAUUUAUUCUAAUCCCUUACUUUAUCUGAAAUUGGGGAAAUACUUAAGGCCUAGAUUUCUGUAGUUGUCUUAAGUGAAUUCUUAAAGAAUCAAGAGUAACAUAUAGAGCCCUGAAGGCUGUGGUCAGUGUGCUGGUGGGGUGGAUGAACUUUGAAGAGCUAUAGGAACAAAAUACAGAACCUGCACUCUGAUCUUUUCUACUGAUUAACAUUAAACACCAAACUAUAUAGUUCUAAGACCACACCCUGUCUACCAGGGUAAAAGGAACGAUCAGGGCAGCCUGUGGAUAUCGUCCCAUGGAUACUGCAGUCUUCUCACCUAUCAUGUGAAUUCUAACUGUAUUCCUGGGCCGAGGAGCUGGACCACUUCACUUCCAGAGUCCCGGCAGCUUGUGGAAGGACACUAGUGCAUAAGGCUUAUGGGACUGUGAAACAGUGAUUCUGAGGGAAUAUAUUUUGGUACAAACCUGAAAUAAACCAAAUUUGACUAUA